CAGGCAAAGAGACGUUAUGGAGCUCUCUCGCUGUCAAACUUUAUCACGAGUUCACUGUUAGACUGCAAAAGCGAUGGACAGAGUGGGAUUUUCGACGGCUUCUGAUCUCCAGUGAUAUGUCAGCUAAACCCCUGCGUCAUGUCUGUGGAUGGCCCCCGGACCUCUGUUUUCACCUUUCAGUCCGCUGUUCACAGCCAUCAUGUUCUUCGCUCGCUGGAGGAGCUGAGACAGAAGCAGCUCUUGUGCGAUGUGACCGUUGAAGUGGAGCGCAGGAGCUUUCGAGCACACUCUUCAGUGCUGGCUUCCUGCAGCGGAUAUUUUUACACCAGACUGACAAACCACAGUCGACCGAACCUCACCGUCAGGUUACCGGAGGAGGUCACGGUGGAAGGAUUUGAGCCUCUUCUGCAGUUUGCCUACACGGCAAAACUUCACUUCACGAAAGAAAACAUCCUGGAGAUCCACAGAUGCGCCGAAUUUCUCGGAUUUCAAAACCUCGAUAAAGCCUGCUUUGAAUUCCUCGUCCCAAAGUUUUCAGAUGGUAGUGGAACCUCAACAAAAGUGAAGAGUAAAAGCAAGAGCCAAGUGUCCCAUGAGAAAUUGCAAGCCAUCUGCAGUCCAAAUGGCCAAAACCCGGAAACUGAAGAAGAUCGUGUACCUCAAGAUGCAAGCACUGUCAUGCAAGCUGCGUCUAUAACAUCCUCUGCAGAAAGUCCUAAAGAUUGUCCCCCAAUCUCAAAUGACAAAGAAAUGCAGUUAGAUUUGUCCUCUCUUUACGCAAGAAGCACUUCAUACCACAUGGGAGAUGGCCAGGAUCAGUUUUGCCUGCAGAACUGUGGCCCACAGUUGCCUUCGUCUUCUUUGGCAGCUUCUGAAGUUUGUCCUUUCCUGUCUAUUUCGAGCACCAGUGACAAUGAGACACUGCAUUCUUCUGCAGCUGGCUGUGGUGGGGACAUUUUCGCAAUGGAGGACAAAUUCCAGAAGGAACUAGCAGUGGAGAUGCAUUGUGAACCACCUACUGAUAAAGACCUGAACAUAGCCAGUAUCACCGAGGGUCACUUUGACCAACGUGAAGGGCCUCUAAUGCCGUCCACCGACUGUACCCAACUAUGUCCUCUGAAUUCUGUGCAGUCAAGCGGGGUUUUGGACGGCAUUUCUGGCGCUCCAGACCUAAGCAACAUUGGCACCGAAGACAACCGGGUGUUUGAUUCCAACGAACAAACAUUCUCUGAACUGACCCCCAAAGAUUGCUCCACAGAACGAAGCAUGGUGGAAAGGGAAGUGGCUGAGCAUCUUGCAAAGGGUUUUUGGCCGGAUUUGAGCUCCACGUUGAGUGAGCCGCUACCUUUGGACUCUAUCGACCAGUCAUCUGCAGGAAAUGGCUCAGACUUCCACUGGUUAAAGCAUCUGGAUCUGGGAGCUGCGCCUGAUGAUUGUCCCUUCCUGAGAGACCUGAGCUCCAGCGAUAGACAUACCUCUGGAGGGGACACUCUGUCCAAAGAGGACACUGGAGACAGUCCCUGCAUGUCCCCCAUUAACUCAAGGGAAAACUCUGAGUGUGAAUCGGAUGGAGACUGCACGCAGUGUGGUAGCAGUGAACAAGUGCAAGAGGUGGAUUUGCCAUUCCCUGUGGAGCAGAUUUCCAGCAUGACCCGGAGAGCAUUCCUGCAGAUGUUAAAACGCGAGCAACUGACCCCAGAACAGCUGGCGUUUGUUCAGGAUGUGAGACGGCGCAGUAAGAACCGCAUGGCUGCACAGCGCUGCCGCAAGAGAAAGUUGGACUGCAUCUACAGGCUAGAGGGAGAAAUCAAGAAACUGGUAUAUCUGUUUGUCAUAUCUACUGAAUCUAAAAUAACAUGUGUAUUUGAGUGGUCCUGACAGUUUAAGCCCCAUUUACCCCAUUAAUUGCAAUUGAAUCAGCCAGUAUUUUGUUAAUAACUGGUAUAAACAUGUUUUUAAAUAGUGUAGUGCAAUCAAACAAUAUGCAGCACGAUCAUUGUACUCUCAUUUAUGAAGGAUUGAUAAAUGAGCCAGUUACUUUGAAUGAAUUUGAAAUUACAUUUAAAAAAAUCAGUCUCAGACCGAUUCAAACCAUUCAUUUGAAUGCGAGAGUUUACCAACUCACUCAAAAACUCGUUCAGGUGUGUGUUUCCUGUACAAUGACGCAACUGUGCUUAACUACCAUACAUCUUUAAGGAAAUUAAUUAACUAGCCUGUCAUGACUGUUCCCUGAAACCAUAGGGUUUGUCACACAUGUCAUUUGAACACGUUGUUUCACCAAUAUAGAACCAACGUUAAUGACUUCAUGCAGGUGGUGAAGUAAUAACUUAGGCUAAUUAAUCAGUCCAUGAUUGAAUUAAUGUAAGCUUAUUGCUGUAAAUGAUGAGCAUGGUAUCCGAGGAUUAUUUAGCUGUUUUUGUUCGCCAUUGUUUUGCUUUAUUUCCAGAUUUAGAAAAUUAUCAUGGCCAAAAGAAUUCACAAUAACAAUGUUAUUGUGAUACCUCUAUUGUGUGUUUUCUGUUUUUAUUUUUUUUCCAGUUACACUCAAAAUAUUACUGUAGGGAGUAGGCAUG